AUGAACCUCGCACUUUUGGUGGCGUUAUUCCUGAAGAGUCAUUGUAAUUUCCAAAAACGACAAGAUCUCACCGGGAAAAUUCCAAUUUCGAACAUCUUACUGCCAUCUGACAAAAGAAAUUCCUUUGCACUUCAAAAUUUCCAUGGCAUCUCUGAUGAUGACUCAUCAAGUGCCACCACGACCUACAUAACCUCCAGUGCCAGUAACGGAGGUCCGACCGAAGUCAAGACCUUCACCACCGGCGGAGAUCUCCUGAACGAUGAUUUCUUCAAGGGGCGUAAUCCGGCCGGAGUAAUGACCUUCACCACCGGCGGAGAUCUCAUGAACGAUGAUUUUUUCAAGGAGCUUGAUCCGACCAAGUCUUCCUCCACCACCACCUUUACGAUAUCCUCCUCCACCAACGGAAAACCGGCCGAAGUAAAGACUUUCACCUACAGCGGUGAUGACAUUCCGGUGGAAAUGCAAGAGGAAUUCGCAAGGUUGGGCCUUGAUAUCAAUUUCACAAAGCCAUUCUGGACCACCAAUCUGGAUUUCGACAAAUACUUUAAUGCUCACCUCGGUAUCGAUUAUUCGUCGCCUCACGUUAAAAUUGAGAAGCCGACCGAACAGCCGUCGGGAUUGCCAGAGGAAUAUUCGUAUUUCGUCAAGCCUCACAAGAAAGAACACCGUGAUCCUAUACCUUGCCCUUGUGAUAAUCGCAAGAGGGCUCUUUUAAUUGGAAUCAAUUAUAUUGGAACGCCGCAUAAUCUGAACGGUUGCAUCAAUGAUGUUCGCAACAUAAAGAAUUUCUUGAUCAAAUACUGGGGAUUCCCCGAAGAAAACGUAACCGUGUUGACCGACGACCAAAAGGAUCCAACAAAAAUUCCCACCAGAGAGAAUUGCAUCAAGGCCAUGAAGGCUCUCGUGGCCAAUCCUGAGAAGGGUGACUCCGGACACGGAGGACAACAGGUCGAUCCUAAAGGUGAUGAGGAUGAUGGAUAUGAUGAGACCAUCAUGCCAUUAGAUUUCCAGACGAAAGGUCAAAUCGUCGACGAUGAGAUGCAUUAUAUAAUGGUCGAUAGUCUUCCACCUGGAGUGAGAUUGACGGCAAUCUUUGAUUCGUGUCAUUCGGGAACCGUGCUCGAUCUGCCAUACAUCUACUCCACCCGUGGGUACAUCAAGCAACCAAAGAUCAUAGAAGGUGGAAGGAAGAAGAAUACACAGGCUGGCGAAAACAUUAGGAGGAGGAAUUAUGAAACGAAAUCUAGUCCUGCCGACGUUAUCAUGUUCAGCGGGUGUAAGGACGAGCAGACUUCUUCGGAUGUGACUGUCAACGGAGUAUCCUCCGGCGCGAUGUCACAUGCUUUCAUCGAGGCUCUUACAACCGAUAAAACCCAAACUUACAACGAACUGCUGAACAAUAUUCGUCGAAUACUUCACGGUAAACACUUGCAGAGACCUCAAUUAAGCGCGUGA